AUGGCCGACGACGCUCCCGACGCCAGUCCUAAGAACGAACCCGUUAACAUUGAGACUAAGGAAGACGCAGAGACACGAGCGACCCGCCGCGAACUAAAGCAGUCUUCCAUCUCCGACCCCCCAACAUCUGGUGCCGAAGAUGCUGCCAAUACCUCAGAUGCGCCCGAUAACGGUUUGAAGGAACAAAUCACAUCUCCUAAGAAGAAGCGCGCACAUGAUCAACUAGAGGGCAGCAAGGAAGCCGAGGAGAACGAUGCCAACAGUGUAGCAUCUUCAGACUCGGCCAAAGAUAGGGCUCUACGAACCGAGCCCGAGAAGAAGCGACAUCGCGAUGAGGACACAGACCUGCCUUCAACAACUGCUUCCAGCCAAGAACCGACCAAAGACACCGAAGCUGGCAAGUCACCUACGAAAAAGUCUCAACCAGAGACAUCUGCCAGCGCCUUUGCCUCGUCUGGCUUUGGAAAACUUUCAUCCGGAGCGUCGCCUUUUGCUUCUAUCGGUGGUUCUCAGGGCGGUAGUGGGUUUGGAUCCCUUGCCGCAGGCAAACCCUCGCUUAGCUCAUUUGCUUCUCCUUCCUCAUCCACAGCUGCGCAACCAGCAGCACCGCCUAAGCUGACCUUUGGUGGCUCUGGCGGAGCCUCACCCUUUGCUGGCCUUUCGUCUGGGUCUAAUGGAAGUACAUUCGGCGGCAGCCCAUUUGGUGGAAGCACAUUCGGAUCCGCUCUUGGGGCUGGGAAAUCUUUAUCUAGUUUCGCCGCGCCUGGUUCAGAGCCUCUUAAGAGCGAGAAGCCCGCAAAGCCAUUUGGCGCCCCUGACAGCGAUAACGAAGAGAGUGAAGAAGAGGACGAGGAAAGAGAAGAGAGCGAGCAGCCUGCUGAGGCUGAAAGAGCUGCUUCCCCAGAGAAGGAAUCCGACGAGAAGAAGAAGCUCAAGUUGCAGAAAAUCGAGGUCAAUGACGGCGAAGCUGGCGAGGCAACAGUUGUUUCUGUGAGAGCCAAGAUGUUCUAUCACGAUAAGGAAGCGGGCUGGAAAGAACGAGGUGCAGGCAUGCUGAAGAUCAAUGUGCCCCAAGCUUGUGUCGAAUAUGACGAUAAUGGCGCUGUCAUCCCUGGAUCGUUUGAUGCUUCCGCUCUGGAAGUGGAUGAGGAGGCUGCAGGAGGAUCGCAGGGGCACAAGGUUGCCCGUUUUAUUAUGCGCCAAGACCAGACUCAUCGAGUUAUUCUAAAUACGGCGCUCGUUGCAGCCAUGAAGUUUCAAGAAAAGGCUUCAUUGAAGUCGGUUGGAAUUCUCUUCACCGCUUUUGAAGGCGAAGAGUCCAAGCCCGUGAGCAUCACUAUGCGUAUGUCAGCCGCUAAUGCUAAGAUCUUCAUGAAUGAGAUCGGGGUUAUUCAGAAGGAACUCCAGGAGAGUUAG